AUGGAUACAAAAUCAGUGGCUAGAAAAGGCGGUAGGCAAAAUCAAAACAACUUGCAAUGGCUUAAUCUUGAUCGAAAAUCGAAUGAAGAAAGAAGGAUUAGUUGUCAUGAAUCCAGUGACUCGGGAAUUGUUAAAAUUCCUUUGGGAACUCAGUCGUCUCCUCAUCAUGAAUCAUAUGGGUUCGAACCUGUUUUUGCAAUGGGAGCUCUACAUUGGCUUCCUCUUCUUAAUCAUAAUGAGUACAUAGUGUUAUUACUAGUGGACGAUGAGAAGUUCAUGAAGAUAUCACUUCCAAAGAGUGGUGAAAUUAAUGAUCGCAUAAUUGCAAUGAGUGGAUUCCUUGGUUUCGUGACUCGUCAUGAAGAUGUGAAUCGACUUGAUGUGUGGAUUCUGAGGGGUUUGGGCUAUGAAGUUUGGGAAAAGCGAUAUAGUAUAAGAAUGGAUUGCACAAUGAACAUGGUUCCUCUUUACUGUUCAAGAAUCGAUGGUGAAAUAAUUUUCAGGAAAAAUUAUUAUGAUCUAUAUGCUUAUGAUUGUUCUUUGCAAAUUAAAGUUGAGGUGAAGAAAGGAAGUUUCCCCUUCAAUGGCUGCUACUUGCCUCAUGUCAAUAGCCUCAUCUCGUGGAUGAUUCCUGUAAAAAUGUGA